AUGUCAGGGCAUCAACGCUCCAUGCACGACCUUGGAAAAUGUUUAACAUCACGCACAGAACACCAGGGUGCUGGGGCCUAUAAAAGGCAAAGGGGAGAACGCUGUCUUUACUCCACUGCAUUAAAGGUAACAACCUCCACAGUCAAGAUGAUGAAGUGCAUCGCUCUCCUCCUGGCCCUCGCCGCCGUCGCCUACGCCGCCCCAGGCCUGAAGGGAUAUCCAGUUGGCUACGGCAGUGGCAUCGGUCGCAUUGGUGGCUUCGGCAUCGGCAAGGGUUUCGGCGGCUUUGGCGGUCUCGGCUACGGAGGUAUCGGCGGUUUCGGCAAGGGCUUCGGCUACGGCGGAAUUGGAGGCUUCGGCAAGGGCAUCGGAUACGGUGGUCUCGGCGGUUUCGGCAAGGGCUUUGGCCUCGGUGGAUUCGGCCUCGGCGGCUAUGGCGGUGUUGGUUACGGACUGGGUCUCGGCAAGGGAGUUGGCUUUGGAAAAUUUGGUCUCCAUGGUUAGACGACAUGACCGAAGAAGGUUGAACAUAGGCCUAAUGGAAAUGAACAAGGCCCCAAAGAGGCGUGCAUUUUGAAGACCCCAGUAGGUUUGCGUGAUACUUCAACUAUAGUCAUCAUAUACAUGAACAUUCCAAACGACGCUCACGCUGGAAGUUUAACAAAUGACGGACAGACUCGCCAAUGCCAUCACAU